AUGAUCAAACCAAGCCGCACGGGAGCACCAGAUAAGCUCGCUUGGCUGAGCUCCAAGUCAGGAGAGUAUACUACCAAAACUGGUUAUGCGACAGCUCUCUCCCACAGAGUGAAUCCAAUGGAUAUCACACAAGAGGACCUGGCCUUCAACUGGAAGAAGGCAGUCUGGAGUCUCAAAACGUCACCAAAGACAAAGCUGUUUGUGUGGAAGGCACUACAUGGGGCAAUCCCAGCGGGAGAAGCGCUUAGGGCCCGACACAUCAACGUCGAUGGAACGUGUAAAAGAUGCAACAUGCCUGAAACUAUAGAUCACUUGUUCUUUCAUUGUUCUUAUGCAAAACAAAUGUGGCUCUCGGCCCCUGUUUUACCUAGAAUCGAGUACAAUGAAUCUAUAGUCUUAAGAAAUUCAUGGAUCAGUCUCGUGACUAAGACGAACUUACCUCCAACGGGAGUUGCAGAAGGACAGUUGGCACCUUGGAUCCUGUGGCAUAUCUGGACGGCAAGAAACAAUCUGGUGUUCAAGGACAAGACCAUCUCCGCAACCGACAACCUCUCCAAGGCUCUAGCUGCUGCAAGGGAAUGGAACGCAUGCCAGCAAACAGAGGCACCAAUGAAGCGUGCUCUGCCCCCUGCAUCUACUGCAGCGACAAACUCUGCGCUAAUAAAAACUGAUGCUGCUUGGAACGAAAAUUUAAUGGUUGCAGGUUUAGGAUGGACGGUGGAAUCACAACAAGGAACCUCCUCUUACUCGACUCCUACUCACCAUGUGAGAUCUCCUUUAGCGGCAGAGGCUCUGGCACUCAGAGAAGCGCUAGGAAAGUGUCAAGAACUGGGACUCUCCAGAAUCAGAAUCGAAUCAGACUCAGCUGUCUUAAUAAAAGCCCUCAAAUCCGGAACAUCGCUGGCUGGCCUCUAUGGGGUCCUGGUUGAUAUUGUCUCUUUAGCUUCAUCUUUUGAAUGUUGUUCUUUUAAUUGGAUCUCUCGAGUGAGAAAUGUAGAAGCGGAUAUGCUAGCGAAACAGAGUUUGGCUGUUGAACUAGCUUUGAUGGCUCCACCUACUUUGGUCUGA